GUUAUUAAUUUCAUCAAUAUUAGUUUCAUACACAAGCGCGUAUUUAUACAACAAGGAAAUAGUGUAGACUCCAAAUCUAAAUCUACCUAGAUUUCGACUUCACUUCCAACUGUUUCUCUUUCAAGUCUUCUUCUUUUGUUCUCAUUCUCUUGACAAUUUAAGUUGGUUGAUAUGACUACGCACACCCCAAAAAAUAUCCUGAUUACCGGGGCAGCUGGAUUCAUUGCAUCUCAUGUUGCCAACCGGCUUAUCCGGAAGUAUCCCGACUACAAAAUUGUUGUUCUCGACAAACUCGAUUACUGUUCGAAUCUGAAGAAUUUACUUCCUUCAAAAUCGGCCCCCAACUUCAAGUUCGUGAAGGGGGACAUUGGAAGUGCCGACCUUGUUAACUAUCUUCUCAUCACUGAGGCGAUUGACACGAUUAUGCAUUUUGCUGCUCAAACUCAUGUUGACAACUCUUUCGGUAAUAGUUUUGAGUUCACCAAGAACAACAUAUAUGGUACUCAUGUGUUGUUAGAAGCCUGCAAGGUAACUGGCCAGAUUAAAAGAUUCAUCCAUGUAAGCACUGAUGAGGUCUAUGGAGAGACCGAUGAGGAUGCUGUUGUUGGAAACCACGAGGCUUCUCAGCUACUUCCGACAAAUCCGUACUCUGCAACAAAAGCUGGGGCGGAAAUGCUUGUCAUGGCAUAUGGUAGGUCGUAUGGAUUACCCGUGAUCACAACACGUGGAAACAACGUCUACGGCCCGAAUCAGUUUCCUGAAAAGUUAAUUCCAAAGUUCAUCCUCUUGGCAUUGCAAGGCAAAGUUCUUCCGAUUCACGGUGAUGGUUCGAAUGUGAGGAGUUAUUUGUAUUGUGAAGAUGUCGCAGAGGCUUUUGAAGUUAUCCUUCACAAGGGAGAGGUUGGACAUGUUUACAAUAUUGGGACUAAGAAGGAAAGGAGAGUUAUCGAUGUAGCUACCGAUUUAUGCAGACUCUUCUCGAAGGAUCCAGAGACUAGUAUUAAGUUUGUAGAGAACAGACCGUUUAAUGAUCAGAGAUACUUUCUUGAUGACCAAAAGUUGAAGAAUUUGGGCUGGGCGGAGAGAACUACUUGGGAAGAAGGCUUGAAGAAAACCAUGGAUUGGUAUAUCAACAAUCCCGAUUGGUGGGGUGAUGUGAGUGGUGCAUUGCUCCCUCAUCCGAUGCUGGUGAUGCCUGGUGGCAUGGAGGAGAGACAUUUCAAUGGAUCUGAAGACGAAAAGUCGGCAUCAUAUGUCACAAAUACGAAUACUCGAAUGUUGGUUCCAACAACCAAGAACGUUGGCUCUUCGCAGAAACAUCCUCUCAAGUUCUUGAUCUAUGGAAGGACGGGUUGGAUUGGGGGUUUACUGGGAAAAUUGUGUGAGAAACAAGGGAUUCCUUAUGAGUAUGGAAAAGGACGCCUUGAGGAUCGCUCAUCACUCGUGGCUGAUAUUCAAAACGUGAAACCCACUCAUAUUUUCAAUGCAGCAGGAGUUACCGGAAGACCUAAUGUUGAUUGGUGUGAAUCUCAUAAAACAGAAACAAUCCGCGUCAACGUUGCUGGUACUUUAACAUUGGCUGAUGUCAGCAGAGAGCAUAACCUUUUGAUGAUAAACUAUGCUACCGGGUGCAUAUUCGAGUACGAUGAAGCUCAUCCUGAAGGUUCAGGCAUUGGUUUUAAGGAGGAAGAUACUCCUAACUUCAGCGGUUCUUUCUAUUCCAAAACUAAGGCUAUGGUUGAAGAGCUCUUGAAAGACUAUGACAAUGUAUGCACUCUCAGAGUUCGCAUGCCGAUUUCAUCCGACCUAAGCAAUCCACGCAAUUUCAUCACCAAGAUUUCACGAUACAACAAAGUCGUUAACAUUCCAAACAGCAUGACUAUUUUGGAUGAACUUCUUCCCAUUUCAAUCGAGAUGGCUAAGAGGAACCUAAGAGGUAUCUGGAACUUCACAAAUCCUGGUGCAGUGAGCCACAACGAGAUUCUCGAGAUGUACAGGGAUUACAUCGAUCCAAAUUUCAAGUGGCUUAACUUCACACUUGAAGAACAAGCCAAGGUGAUAGUUGCUGCCAGAAGCAACAAUGAAAUGGAUGCAUCCAAGCUGAAGAAUGAGUUUCCAGAAUUGCUUUCCAUCAAAGAAUCACUUAUCAAGUAUGUCUUUGAGCCCAACAAGAAAAGUGCCUAAAACAUAGUUUCACAUUUCAGGAUAUUAUUUGCUACUAAAUUUUUGUGUUUGGCUACUUACAUUAUCACUCAUGAUUUCAUUGUUAUCUCCAUACUGUUAUUGUGUUUAGAGGAUGAUAUUUAUAAGUAUUAUAAUUUGGGGUUAGUCAUGGUUUCUAAAUAAAGAUUCAUGAAGCUUUAGUAUAAUUUUUAUUGUACUAUUUUAAGAGCAUUCAUAGGGUUUUAUUACCCUGUAAGCUUUUUAUUGUAUUCUUUUAUUUUAUUCAUAUAUAUCUUAUUUUGUGACUUAUGCUUGUGACAUGUGUUUUUAGUUAUUUUGGGGGACAAACUUAACAUGUGUUAGACUUAUAGCCUAAGAAAAGCUUGAGUCUUGAACUCAAAAAUAAUUAAGGAAUAUAAUAGAGAAUAGAGAGAUUGAUUAGAGACUAUCUUUCGGAAUUUACUAGAUGUAUUAAUUAGAAUGAAAAAUGAAUUACAAACUGUUUAUAUUUCCUAACUACCAAAACCAAUUAUAUUAUUAGCUAUAAAAGAAUGUCUAACUGAAUUAACAAUGUUAGCAAUCUUUGGAUAUGAGGAAAAUCAGUAAUAUCCUAAUCCUAAUCAGAGGUAACAAUAUUUAAGAAUGUCACCGGUUGAUGUAGAAUCACAAGUAAGGAAUGAGAUAUGAGUACAUAGAGGAAAAGUUGAUUCCAUAAUGGUUGCAUUUUCUUAGUGCCUCAAAUGUCUAUAAAAAGGACAAGUUGGUUACAAGUCAACCAAUCAUUGGCAAUAGAUAAUAACAAAUUUGACACCUCAUCAUUCUAGGAUUCCAAAUUAUAAAUUUAGGGAAAACGACAAAAUAAAGAAAAGACAAUUUUAUAGAAUCCUUAAAUCCUUAUGACAACCUUCCCCUUAAGCAUACCCAUGUCUUCAUGGGUGAAAAUCUUGAAAUUUUUCAAUAAAUAAUUAUAAAAUUUUCAAGUAGCUUGAUUAGGAGGAAGAUUCUUCCAUUGAACCAAAACCUUGGUGGCUGCCAUGCGCCCUCGUUUGACCAUAUUUCUACCAAAAUAUUGACAUGAAUUCUGCCAACAUGAUUACUAGGAGCAGGUAGGUUUUGAACCGGUUGAAUUUGUGGAUUUGGACAAAGCUUUAAUUGAGAAACAUGAAAUACAUUAUGAAUGGCAACAGAACGAGGAAGUUGUAAUUUGUACGCAGUAGCUCAAUGCGGUCUACAACUUGAAACGAGCCAUAAAACUUUGGUAAAAGUUUAUGAAAACCAUGUGAUUUCAUAGACAGUUGCCGAUAUGGAUGAAGCUUGAGAUACACGUAGUCCCCUAUAUAAAAAACACGGCCAAUUCAAUAUUUGUUAUCCUGUUGUGUCAUCCGGUUCUGAGAACGAAGGAGAUGAAAUUUGAACAUUUUAAUUGCGUCUUCUCUUGCCAUCAAUGAUCUGUCCACAGUCAGAGUUGUAGAAGAAUCAGGAAGAUAAGGUAAAUGUAUUGGUUAAACGGGGUGGUGUGGAUGGAAGAAUGGUAGUUAGUGUUAUACCACCAUUCAGCCAAAGAAAGCCUUUUUUACCACUGUUUUUUUGGUUGAUCUGAGCACAUGCUUCUCAAGUAAGUUUUUAAACAUUUAUUCACAAUCUCAAUUUGGCCAUUCGAUUGAGGAUGGUAAGCAGAAGAUUUGUGUAGUGCGACUCCUUGAAGUUUGAAAAAUUCAUGCUAAAAAGUACUUAGAAAAACAGGAUCCAUGUCGCUAGUGAUUGACUAAGGAAGUCCAUGCAAUUUGAAAAUAUUAUCUAUAAAUACUUGUGCCACAUCAAGAGCACUAUACAGAUGAGAUAAAGCCAUAAAGUGGGCAUAUUUGCUAAGCCUAUCAACUACAACAAAUAUCACUUGCUUAGUUGAAGAAUUUGGAAGACCCUCCACAAAAUCCAUGGUAUUAUGAGUCCAUAUUUGAUUUGGAAUAGGAAGGGGCUGUAAGAGUCUAGGAUAAGCAGCAACGUCAGGUACUUUUUUUUUUUUUUACAAAUGCCACAAUUUUUUAUAAAAGUGACAAUAUCUUUGGUCAUGCCCUUCCAAUAGAAAAGCGAUUUCACCCUACUGUUAGUCACGUCUCUACCCGAAUGACCCCCAACAGCUGAAUUAUGUAACCACUGCAUAAUGGUUUCUUUGAUAGCAGGAGCCAAUGACCAACUUGCAUUGCUCAAAACCAAUGCUAAUAGUUCUGACCUGUCCUUCCUAGAAGUGCUACAAGCACUCUUUUUAGAACUCUCUCCAUCACUCAUUUCUCUUAAACAUAAUAUUUGUAAUAAUUAAUAAAUUAUUAUUUGCUCAUACUUUUAUGAAUUGUCCAUUCAAUUACUUGCGGAAAAAUAACCUAGCAUUUUAGAGGAAAAAAAAUUAAUGUAAAAUAACCCAUCCAAAACUUUAGUAAAAAACUUCUGAAACUACUUUUAAAAAAAAAAAAAGACCAUCGAAUACUACUAUUCUUUCUUACAAGGCCAUCCAAAACUACUUGUCCACAACAUCAUCAAGUAACUAUGAAAUUAUUGGCUAGAGAAAUAUACCAAAUGACUACAUUACAAGGAAUUACGAGACUAAAAAUGGCUAAAUUAUUUAUUUCUCAACAUGAGGAAGCAGCAUUGCUCGGAUGAAUCGAACUAUGAAGCUAGAGUUGCAAAAGCAAUUAAUCUUAUAACUCUCAGAAACUCAGUUUUUACGAGAAGAUUCAAGCGCAAGUUUCUUCAGAAACUCAGCAACUUCAUCAGGUGAUGGAAGUGUAAAGCGAGCAUUUGUUUGAGUUCUGCCAACAGCGCAUGAGAAGUAAUUCUCUUUCUUGAGGUCAAGGACAUUCCAAGUGAUCUUUUCGGGAGCUGGCUUUCGUGCUGCUCGGCUGAAAAUAUUAGUUGUUUUCUUCGGUGAAUUUGAGACAGGUCGUUGUCCCUUGUUUUGAUUUGUUGACUUGAAUCCAUUUUUAACCGAUGGGAUCUUCGAAGGUGAUACCUUCUCAUUAGCAAACUUAGUUGCUUCUGUUAACUUGCUUCUUUGAAGACUCGCACCAAAACAGGAAGGCUCUGGCUCAAAAAAGUCGUAUAUAUCUUCAUCCUGAUGUGAUCAAUUAUGUUAAAUUCAAAUGUGUAUGCAAGAAAGUGCUAAUCAAUCUUGAAUUAUAUGGAAAGAAUGCAAUAACGAAUUUCAUAUAUGCAAUCAUGCUUGAUAAGAGCACUUUCUCUUGUUAGACUGAUAAACAUACAUAUCGAAUGAAAAUUUAUAUCACCUUUGCCAGAAAAUGUCCUAUACACAGAACAUAAUCAAUAGGUGUUGUCAUGGAUUUACAGUGAACUAUCUCCCCCAAGAUGCGGUCAACAGCUGCUCCCUGAUGAAAUUAAUAUUUUUUUUUGCAAACGUUUAAAUCACUAUGAAAAUUUUCAUGUCAAAACCUAACGAACUAAACUCAGUCAUUAGAAAAGGGUCUAACCUUUGUAACACCAGCAGCUCGGACCUCAACUGAUCGGCUCCCUUGAACGACUUCAACUGAUGCAUUUGAAAUUGGACCUGUGCAAAGAUGUUGUAGCAAGUCUCUUGCUUGAAGUUUUCCAAACUCAACAUCUACGAUCACGUGAUAGAGAAUUUGUAACUAGAGAGAAACAAUAUACAGAUGAAAACCAAUUCAUGUUAAAAACAGCUUAUGUACCUGCAUGUCGGUAGUUCCAUACAAGUGAAGCUUCCCUUUCUUCAAAAUGUGAGCGAGGUGUUCUUUCAGUAAAGUACUCAAAAAUUUGCUGAAAAAUACAGAAGCACUAAUGUAAGUAAAUAUGAAAGGCAAAGGGACAAUCAGAACUCAAAAAAUAAAACUUCAAAUAAGAACCUUCACGCUGUCAACCCAUUCCAUAUUCAGUUGUUCUGGCAUUGUGGUCAUCCAUUCUCCAUUUGAAGAGUUCAAAAACAUCCCAUUCUCCGCUGCUAGCCAAGUGUCAUAUUCUUUAAAAUUCUGUAAUGACCAUAAGUUAGAAAUGGACCGAGUAAUUUGCAAAGACCGAAGUAAUGUAUAGAGAAUUACUUCAUCUAGAAUUGUUCUAUCACUUCCACUAAGCACGACAACUGUAGUAUUUGGGUCACUGCAAAGUUUUGUCAACGGUAGUUUCAGUUCUGGAUGCACCGAGAGUUCCAUUUCUUUCAGCUGAUCACCUUUUUUCUCAACUGGUUCAGUUAAUGUUCCAUUAAAUCCC